AUGUGCUAUGUGGAUGACGAAGUAAUAGCGACAACCACACUGGAAGACCACAUUGAGAGACUUGACGAGGUGUUCGCGUGUAUGAAGAGGUCGGGGCUAAAGUGCAAACCAUCAAAGUGCGAGAUACUCAGGGACUCGAGAAAAUACUUGGGCAGGAUGGUGGACAGACACGGCAUCAGACUAGAUCCAGACGCAAGACAAGAACAGAGGGAGGCAUAUAGACCUGAGAUCAAGGAUGGCUUCUCCUUCAUGGACAAGGAAACGUACGACAGUCUUCCAAUCACGAAGUGGUUGGACAAAUCAGGCAAACCAAUAGAAGAUCACCUCGAAUUACCAAAAGAACCUCUGGAGAAAACAAUCUUGAAAAAGAACCGAGGGAAGUCAAAGUUUGUGAGGGAGACGCUCAAGGCAAAAGGCUAUGAUCUUAACCAGGUAGAGACGGGAGAGGCACAAAUAGACGAUGACUUAAUGAGGUUGCUCGAGAAACUAGCAGAUGACAAGCCCGAGAUCCAAGAAAAGGAUAAGGAGGAACCAGAGGUCACAAUACUGCGAAAGAGCGGGAUAGUUAGUGAUGAAGACAUCACGAAGGUGACUAACCCUGAUGGGAAGGAAGUCGUGCAGUCACUGGUUGAAAAAAUCCCGGACGACAUACUUGAACAGACUCGGGUUAGGAAGAAGAAAGUAGCGUUCAAGGAAGAGGCUGAAUACCUGGGACUAGGUCAAGAGUCCGGGGAGUGGUCCACGUCCAUGGAGGAAGAAGAUACUGAAGGAGAAAAUUUGUCCGGGGAGUGUGAAACAUGGGAUGAGGACUCGGACGAGAGCAGCGAUAAUCAGGAUAGUCUCUGCAUGAUAUUGGCAGAAGAGAAGAUUAGACACCGCGACAGGGAAUUACAAACAGACCCAUCCUCAGGAACGUACAACUUGGACGCACAGGAAGUACGAGGAGGUGAAGAACUUGAAAAAAAUGCAGUUUCGAGGAAACCAUUCAGGGAACUAUCAUGCAACUCAAAUGUCAGAACAAAUCUGGUGCCAGAAGAUGAUAUGAAGAUCGUAAAGAGGAUAAUAUGCGUAAACCUGAAUGACGACAUCCACAACCCUGGGGAAAUGAAUGGACAGAUCAUGGCACUAGAGGAACAUGUCAGGGCGAGAUAUAGGCUGUCGGCACUGAUAAGAGCCCAAAAGAAUGACAAGAUGACAAGUAACCUCUCCAAAUGGAUCCGAACGGGGUCCAAGGAGAAAGGGGAACUAGAAGAAGACAGUUACAAGAUCCUGAGCCAGUUCCACAAAGAAAGGAAAGACUUACUCUAUCACACAGCUGACGGGGUGGUAGCAUGCAAGAGAAAAGACGAUGAGAAGAUAUUACACAAGCACAACCUCAUCAUAUUACCACAAUUGUAUCAUGCAGAGGUGCUGUUCCGAUCGCACGAUCAGAUGGGGCACCAGGGGAUAGACGAGGUGCAACAAAGAAUACCUCACAGGCAGAGAGAGAGCAAUGCCCCUGACAUUCUUUUACCCGGAAUAUGA